AUGAAUGGAUUUUGUCUACCAUGUGAUUCUUUAUAUGGGUGCCUUUCGUGUGAAAAUGAAACGAAAUGCACGAAAUGUAUAUCAACACUUUCUUUGUUCAAUAACACAGUGAGUGGUAAUAUCGAAUGUUCUAAAGACUGUGGAAUUCGAAGUUGUAUUUCGUGUGAUUUUGAUGGGAAGUGCAAUAAAUGUGACAUACCUUACACUUUGAAUGUAACAACAAACGCAUGUGUAUAUUGUUGGGAAGCUCAAAAGAAUUGUGGAAGAUGUAAACAAGACGAGAACAAAUGCGAAAUCUGUGAAUCAAACGAAUUUUAUCUUAAUGCAAAUGGAAAUUGUAUUUCAUGUGGAUUGAACAUUAGCAAUUGUGUUGUGUGUUCUUCAGAAUUGGGUUGUGAAAGUUGUGAAGAUGGAUAUGAACUCACAGCUGACAAGAAAUGUAGUUUAAAAACAAAACAACAGAAUGAUGAAAAAUGGAAUAAAAUAAUUUGGAAAAAAACCAACUGGAAAGGAGAAAGCCUUCAAUGCACUGCAAAACAAAUUGAAGUUGAUGGGAGGUGUCAAGAAAUAGGAUUGAACAAGUACAAAACUAGUAACACGACAGCUGAUUUAUGUAGUAAUAAAUUGUAUGGAUGUUAUUCAUGUGAAUAUACAUCGGAAGCGGCAUUGAAACAGUUUGAUACAAUAGCACUUCAGUGCACUUUUUGUGAAGUUGGAAAAGCAUUUGAAUCAUUUUCCAUCCGUAAAUGUGUUGAAACUUCAAAUGUUAUUGAUACCACGGGCAUUAAAAUAGCAUGCAAAGAAGGAUGUUCUUCAUGCACAACAACAUCAAAUUGUUUCUAUACUGAUUAUUUUAACUCCACUGCACGAGAUGAAUAUUUGUAUGAGUACAUUAACGAUAAAUAUUGUUUGUAUCAUCAAUUAGGAAUUGGUUGUAUCCAAUGCUACAACUCGAUAACAUCAACUGGAAUUUGCGAAGAUUUUGAAAGGAAUUUCACAUGUUCUAUAAUAUUGGAAAAGAAUGGCCAACGCACAUGUGUGCCUUAUAAUGAGAUUUUACCAAUUCAAAAUACUAUUGAAAGUGUAGAAAUUAAAAAUUCAAUACAAUUUGAAGCAAUGAAAAAUGAUGACACGAAUUGUAAAGAAUUUGCAUUUGGAAGAUGUAUGAAUUGUUCUAUGGGAUAUUAUUUGAACAAUGAAUCUCCCCCAAGUUGCGUUUCUUGUAUGGAAAAUUGUUAUUCUUGUACAACAUCGAGUCGGUGUGAAAUAUGCAAAAUUGGGUUCAAACUUGUUGAUGAAACAACGUGUACAAAAAUAGAGAAUUGUUUAAUUCCUUCGUUUGAGGGGUGUUCGACAUGCAAUGAAAAAUAUUAUUUAAAAAAUGGGGAAUGCAUUACAUAUGACGGAUCAAAUUGUGAAAGUUAUGUUGUUGAAGGUGCAAGUGGAAUUAAAUGCAUAAAAUGUGUAACCAAUUACAUUUUAAUAGCAGGAAGUUGUUAUGAAAAGUUGUUGAAAAAAUGUGAUGUCAUUGACUCAAUUUCAUCGCAAUGUAUUAAAUGUCAGGAAAAUUACACAUUAGACGCAUCAAAAAAUUGCAUUCAAAUUACAACGGAUUUUUGUUCUUAUUCGUCGAAGUAUGAAUGCCUCAAAUGUAAUUUGGAAUUAUCGCUUGUGAAAGUUUCUGGAAAGUCGGUUUGCUUAAAGGAAGUUCAGAAUGAGUUUUGUAUUGAAAAUAGUGAGACGGGAUGUUUAAAAUGCAAGGAAGGAUAUUACAUUUCUGGUAAAGAUUGCCGCCAAUGUAACAAAAAGUGUUCAACAUGUUUGAAUAACGCGGAGAAUUGUAUCACUUGUAAUUUUGGGUAUUAUUACGAUUUGAUGAAUAAAGACUGUAAAUAUGUUGGAGAUAUAUCUCAAAGAUGCAAAAUAUUUCUCCCUGAUGGAUUGAGAUGUGCUGUUUGUCAAAUGGGGUAUGUAUUAAACACGUAUGAUUGUGUCAAAUGCAGUGAAAAGUGUGAGAAUUGUGUAGGCAGUCCAGAUGGGUGUGUUAAUUGUAAUACAAAUGGAGGGUUCUAUGAAGACGUUGAAUAUUCAACAACAGAGAACAAAAGCUGUUUGUCGACUUUAACUUUAUUUAAUUGCAAAAGAAGUGGACAAUAUGGAUGUAUGGAAUGUGAAAAUGGGUAUUAUUUGAAUGAAUAUAACAAAUGUCUAAAAUGUCCAGUUGGAUGUGAAGAAUGCGAAAGCAAGAUGUGUACGUCAUGUGUUGAUCAAUAUGUGUUAAAUGUUGUAUCUAACCGUUGUGUUGUAUGGACUUCAGUUUCCAAUUGUAAUGCCUAUGACUCAAAAACAAAAAAAUGUUCGAGGUGUAAAGGAAAUUACAAUCCGAGUGUAUCAGGUGAUGAAUGUAUUUACAACACUAAUAUAUUGGCCAUUGUACUUCCAAUUGUAUUUGGAUUUUUGAUAAUAAUACUGCUUAUAAUUGUUAUCGCAUUGUUGUUAUUCUACAAACACUUCAAAACCGAACAGAAAGUUUGGAAAGAACUUGUUAGUGAAUUUUACAUCAAAGACCUUCGAAUAAAGGGUGUCAAAUUUAAUGAAUUGGGUGAUGCAAAGAAUCACAUAUUGUCUUCUGCUAAAAUAAUCAAAUUCACAAAUGAAAUACCAGUCUGUGAAGAUUCUGAGUUUGAUUUCUAUUUGGCCAAUGAUACAUACUCAAUGCUAAAAAUUCAAUUUACAACAAAAACGCAAGAUGAAAAGUUUUUGGUUGAUGUAUUUCCUGCUACUGUUGUAACACUACGUAAGGGACGUGCAGUAAAGUACACUGUUUCGAUAUAUCCCCUCUGUACAACUGAUUAUACAUUUGACAUUAUAUGCACAGCACUUGACUUGAAAAAGGGAUGUGCUCGAGUGUUCAAUAUUCCUUGUGAAUUUUCGUCAGAAAGAUCAACAGCACUCGACCCAGACGAGUUAAUAAAAGACGCGAAAAUGGGAGAGGGAUCAUUUGGUAUAGUGUAUUUGGGAAGGUAUAGAGGAGAGAAAGUUGCUAUAAAAGAGAUGAAAGAAGCAGUAAUAAACAAAAUUGAUAAUACAAAGAAAACGCUGUCUAAAAACAUUACCAUUAAAAUAAACACAAAUGAAGCGAAUGUUUCAUAUUCACAAGAUAAAAAAGAAAGUUUAAUGGAAACAACAAAUCUGUCGGGAAGAAGGCCAUCACUCUCACCACGUGGAAAUACACAACGACGUCCAUCUUUCAAUAACAAAACAAAAACUGAUCGAAAUGAAACCAAAAAUUAUAGCAAAAAUGAACAAGGGGAAGAUACUAAAAUGUUAUUUGCUAAUAAAAAGAUGGACGCAUUUGCAAAGGAAGUUGCCAUGCUCGAUAAAUUUAGAAGUGAAUAUAUUGUUCACUUUUAUGGAGCUGUGUUUGUACCAAACCGAAUAUGUAUUGUCACUGAAUUUGCUCAAUAUGGAUCUUUAAGUGACUUGAUAAAAGUUAAAAAGGGUGAAGACAUCGAGAUGAAAAUGCGAAUCAAACUAAUGUUAGAUACGGCAAGAGGAAUUUUGUAUUUACAUAACAAUGGAGUUUUACAUCGAGAUAUUAAACCAGAUAACACACUUGUUGUGUCCCUCAGUUUUAAUGACAAAGUGAAUGCCAAAUUGACUGAUUUUGGCACAUCGAGAAAUAUUAAUAGCUUAUGUAACACUCUGAUGUACACCAAGUCAAUUGGAACACCAAAGUAUAUGGCGCCUGAAAUUACAAAUGUCGAAAAAUAUACUUUGGCGGCUGAUGUGUACUCGUUAGCAGUGACUAUGUUGGAAUGUUUUUCAUGGACAGACCCAUUCGAUGAAAAAAUGUUUUUAUACAGUUGGGAUAUCACCAAUUUAAUAUCAAAAGGUCAACGACCAAAAAUCAACAUUGAAAAUGGAGAAAUUAAAAAACUUAUCGAAGACUGCUGGAAACAACAGCCAAAUGAAAGAAUUUUAAUGAAUGAAGUGGUACAAAGGCUUCAAAUAUUAUUUGGAUAA